UAAGGAUUUGUUUGAGAUAGAUGCGGAAUCAGAAAAGGUUGUCCUUGAUGAGCAAGAGCUAGACUAUUCCACUUUCGAAAAAGUGAUUCCUAUUAUUAAGAGAGGGCUCAAUUACGAUUAUACUGAGAGAUUAUCAGCCAAGGACAUGUUAUAUUGCUUUGAAACAAUGCGAUCAAAAGCACUUGCUGCCCAUACCUGAAAUUUUGUGACUCGCAACUUUCUGAUCAGAAUCCCCAUGUUCAAAAAGAAAAUUCACUUCUCUGUCUAAUACAUUAUCAAUUUGAACUGUUACUGUAUAAAAGCGAAAAAAUGAAUUCUCGCUUGCACAAAAGGUUGUUAGUUACGAUUGGUAAAUAUUAUGAUCGCUACUUUGAGGAAGUCUUCGAACUCCAACUGAACUGUUUAUAUAGACCGUGUUAAUGUAGCUAAGAACUCAUUUUCAAACCAUUGUCAUGCAUUCCGUCCUUUCAUGACGACUUCCAUACACAGUUGUCCGAGUAAAACUGAAAGUGCAGAUCAAUCAAACGCUAUGAAUAGCCCUGAAUCAACUCUAGCCGACCGAUUAUUACGUGAGGAAACCAACAAUAAAAGUUUUAGCCAUUUUUGGGAAGUGAAAGCUCAAACAAAAAAGCCGAAAACAAGAGUGAACUCUGAACCUAUGGCGCAAGAGACAAAGGAUUUCAGAAAUUUGUUAGACAGUUUGUUUGAAGUCAAACCUGUUCAUAAUCUAUCAGCAUCGUCAGUGAAUUCAACUGGAACAGCUGCCGCCCCCUCUUUAGGGCACAUGAAUCUGCCUAAAAAUUAUGGACAAUCUGUUGCUGAGAAAAGAUUACUGGAUAUUAUUUUGCGUAAGCAUAAACCCUACCGUCCCAAAGCUCCAUUACCAAGGAAUUAUCAAGAACCUUUCAGAAGUAAUUCAGCUGAUCAUAUCAAAUCUCUUCAAAAACAACGCGAAGAAGAAUCUUUAUUUGAUUUUUUACUUCUCAACGGGACAGCAGGGGCAACAACGAAGGUUAAUACGGCAUCCAAUGGUAGUGCAUCCGAUAUUAGUAUAAGUGAGUACGAACGCUGUAAAUUGAAAGAUCAUGAGUUGAAAAUUGUACAGUCCAUUUUGGAGUCACGUACUCCUACGCAGCUAUUGGCUUGUAUAAUGAAAGAGAUAAAUGCUAGUAGUUUCUCAAAAGAGCAAUCCUAUCCACCUUAUUAUCCAACUUUGUUAGAGAAAGCAAUUGAGCAUGCAAUUUCUCAACAUUUGCAAGACCCUUAUUUAGCUUUGACAAUUUUUGAACAAGCCAAACAUCGUAGCAUGACCAGCUAUAUCCUAGGAUGCACUACAAAAGUCUACAAUUGUAUUCUGAAACUAAAGUGGAAUAUGUGGAGAGAUGUGUAUGGUAUAUUGGAUUUGGUGGAAGAAAUGUCUGUAAAUGGGAUAGAAUUCAAUAAUGAAUCUCGUCAGUUGAUACGUGAUAUAUCACUAGAAAUUUCAGCGAACAGCAAUCUAUCGAUAAAUUUCUGGAAUGAAGAAGAGAAGAAAUAUUGUCAUAAUAUGAAGGAGCUAGUCGGUAAAUGGCUAACACUGAAAUGAAAAGGUUGAAGAUGCCAUCGGUAACACCAAUAAUAGUGUUCCUGUAACAAAAUAAGUCGAAAGAGACUUACAGUCCAUUGUACGGGGUCUUUAUCACUGAUACCAUUAAUAACCGAACGACUUUUGAUUAAGUUAUACAUUGUAAUAAGCGGCUCCGGUACAUGGUUUGCAGAAGAAUUUGAAAGCAUAAAAAUGUUUAAUUUUUGAUCACUUUGUGUUUCCAAUAAAAUAUAUAGACCAAUAGGGAUUAAUGUAUGUAAACUAAUAUGAAGAUUCAGAGUUGUUCUGUUCAUAUAGAAGAAAUUUAGUUGGCUACACUUUCUGUGUCUUCAAGACCAAUGGACUCGAUGCUUCCACAGUAGCUUUUUUAUUACGUUU